AUUUCCCAAUCGAAACGCGUAGCCCACGUCGAAUUGGCCCAAAAUGGAUUUCACCCUGCUGACGCUUGCCCUCGUGCUCGUCGCACCUGUAUUUACACCUGUCCACUGUCAGGUGGCCUGCAAUGCAAGGAGCGGCGCUGUCCGCCAGAAACGCAUCGUUUUCAGCAGUCCGGGCACAGGUGAGAUGGCCAAGUUGGACACUUGCCAGUACCGCGUGGCGCCAUGGAGCGGCCAGGUGUGUCAGGUGCGCCUGGAUUUCGAGCGCUUGGAGCUGCCGCAGCCGCAGUUAAAUGCCAAUUCUGGACUGCUGGAGUGCGUCGAUUUUCUGCAGAUUCGGCAUUUCCGGCUCUGCGGUCGCAACAGCGGUCAGCACUUGUAUUUACCAAUGCGCCGGGGUCAGGAGCUGCAGCUUUUGUUCCAGCUGGCCACGCCCCUCGGCAGGCAGUCCACCUGGCAGGUGACUCUCACCCAACUGGAGUGCCCCAGGGAUUCGGCCACUGUGAAUAGAAGACAACCCGCAGUGCAGGCACCAACUGUACGACCCAUCCUGCCCUUUUUGGGCAAUCUCCUGCCGCGCACCAUUUUCGGCGGACAAAAUGGAAUCGGUUCGGGAUCCGGUCCUGCCGCCCAGCUCAUCCAGACCCUCACCUCGCCUUCCGUGACCGAUCUGGAGAUGCUGGCUCCGCUGGGCUGUGAUCAGUAUUUUAGGACCACGACUGGCGGCAUCGUGAGCUUCAACUUCGCCGGUGGCAUCUAUAUGCCCAACAUGAGCUACUCGAUUUGUGUCAAGGGGGCGGCCGACAGCGAGAUAAGCUACAAAAUCGAGCACUUUGAGCUCUCAAAGCCAAACUCCGAGCAGCAAGGACCUGCCUACGACACCGAUUGCCGCAGUACGGUGUUGACCCCCUUGCGAGUAUCCGACUACCUGGGCAUCCCCAAUGCCUAUAUGGUCGCCAGACCGGAGCUGCAAGCCACUUACUACUGUGGCAAUGGACUGGCCGGCCAGGAACUUGUGGCCCGCCCACCGUUUGUCCUGCGAUUCGCCAGUGAUUCGCAGUCGAGUGCCUCCGAAACGGGCUUCCAACUGACCUACACGGUCCGCCAGUCACAGGAUCCUCCAGUGACGGCAGAACUGUAAAUUGGCAUAAACAAAGCCACAGUCUUAACUAAAUCAACGCACCCAAG